CUGCUGCGGAACUCCGGAUGGAAUUUGCGUCCUUUCGUCUCCACUGUUUCUUCCUCGCCGGCCUGUCCUCGCCAAGCAGCGCAAGAACGAGAGAGGCUCUUGCAGGUUGACGGAGAGGGAGGGGCAAGUGUUCGAAGGCCUCUUUCUCAUGCCUGGAAACGGCCUUUCUGUCAACAGUGGUUCGCUGGCGUCCGUUUCAGUUUCCGCGCUCCCCGGUCGCGGCUCUGAACGCCAGGCUGUCGAGACACCGCAGGGCGGGCCAGUCCACAGGACUGAAGAAGGCCAAAGAAAACUCGGGGGAAAAGGCAUGACGAAUGUCUCUGUUGCGAUCGCUCUGCUCACAUGCAAACUCGCGCGAGGAAGAGACGACAUCUGGAAUGAUCUCCCGGGUGUCCAUACACCCGAAAACGCGUCAGCUGCGCUUGGGAGUUCGCGCGGAGAGACGUUCCGGUCUCUGCUUCGCUUCUGAGUUGUUUUCUCUUUCUUCUUCUGUUCUCCUUAGUCCUUUCUGGCCGCGUUCUUCCUGUUUUGUGCUUGAGUUCGCGCCUCUCUUCUCCGUGCUCCGUGUCUGCCUCCCGAUUUCAACUUCUUCUGCCUCUGAGCUGCUUCUUCUUUAACGCUUCUCCUCUUCCUCCUCUCUGUGCUCCUGGAGUUCCUUUCCCCGAGUUGACGUUUCUCCGUUGUUUCUUGUCCGUUUCUCUCGAAUCGUUUUUUCUUCGCUUACUCGUCUUCUCCCUCGCCUAUUCGCUUCCUUCCUCACGUAUUCGUUUCUCUUCCUUUCUGAAUCGUUCUUUUUCCUCCUUGACGCCUCCGCUCUGAUUCCUGCUUCUUGUCAUUGCCUCUUCUCUUUUUUCCUAGCCUUUCCCCACAAUGCGAGCGACGAGAGCGGCGGUGCCCCGAGUCGGCCUGGCGCCUUGGCGGGUGCCGUCCGUCCGUUCCUUUUCAUCUCUUUCUUCUUUUUGGGGACGGGCGUCUUCUUCUCUAAACUUUCACUUUCGUUCUUCCGCUCCAUCCUGUUCGUCGGCCUCUCGCGUCCAUCCUCGUUCCCCUCCUCAGCGUUCUUCUUGUUCCUCUCCUUCUUUUUCUGGUUCUUCUUCCUCUUCUUUCUCCUCUGCUCCUUCUUGGUCGCCUUCGUUGCCGGGGUGCUCCUCCUCUCUCUCCUGCGGCGUCUCUGCCGCUCUGUCUGCUUCUCCUCCUUCUCUGCCAGGAUACGCUCCUUCUGCUGCUCGCUUUUCCUCCUCUGUCGCCGCGCGGUCGCGGUUACAGCCGACGCAGGAGGCGAGCGGAGAAGCGCGAGGAAGCGCAGAGGAUGCCCCGGACAGCGACGCUCGGCGGAGGUGGACAAAUCCACAAGACGCUCAGUGGCCGCAUCUCCCCCGUGCUGAAGUUGAAGCGUCUCUCAACCUUCUCCUCACCGACCAGGCCAGGCAACGAGACACAGGGGUCGCGUGGGUGACAGGCCCGGUGGGCGUCGGGAAAAGUUACAUGGCGCAGUUCGCCGUUCAAAGGGCCAAGCGAGACCCCAGCCUCGCACGCGACACUCUGGUUCUCGCCUUCGGCAUGAAGGCGGUGGCGCACAGCAGCUUCCCUGUUCUCCUCGGUGUUUUUCAGAGGUCGCUUGUCAAGCAGCUGCUCUCCCAGAAAGCGUCUCUCGCGCGUCUCGCCUCUCCAACUUCUUCUUCCCGAGGGAGGGAGACAUGCUUCCCUCGCGAGGCGUCGUCUGAGGUUCUGACAGGGCCUUGGAUCUGCGCCACUGUUGACGCCGCUUGCCCAUCCUUUCGUCCGUCUGUUGCCUGCCUUCUGCGCUCUGCCGUUUCUUCUUCGCUGUCUUCGUCCGCGCCUCCUCCGUUCGCUAUCGGGACUGGCCUCGCGCCGACGGACGAGAAGGAGAGACAAGCGAGGACGAUGCGCUUCGUGGAAGCGUUGGAAGACGCGACUGUGGAAAGCUUCACGCACUGGCGAGGCUUGCUCGAGUUCCUUGCUCUGAAAGUUCCUUCGUUCUCCCUGCAAGCGAAACUCUCAGAAAAAGAGCCAUGCGACGCAACCAGCGCCGCGUUCGGCCUGCUGCGGAUGGCGGCGGCGCAUGCAGAGAACGCAGCGUCUCGGAGGGCGAGCGAGGGCGCAGUCGCGGAGUAUCCGACAGGGGAGAAAUGGCUGGAAUUCUUUGUGGCUCUUCUCGGAGGCGUUCAGCAGGCGACAGGGGCUCGCCUCAGUCUAUGGAUUGACGACGUCGAAGUUCUUUGUCUGUCUCGAUACUUGGAUGAACGCGGUCCUGCCUUCCUCUCUUCUCUCAACAGAAUCUUCCUAUCCCCGCGGACUUCCUUUCCUUUGGUGUUGCUGACGGCGGACUCUUUGACGAGCAUUCGUAGCAUUUGCUUGUCUCGAGAAGAAGGAAAGAGACGCCCCCACCGCGAGUCUCUUCCCCCUGAAGUAGACGGCCGCGAAACGCAGGAAAAGGAGACACCAGCAGAGACGAAGGCGGCAGCGGCGACGGCUGGGGAGGAGAGAGAAGCGGGAGGAGAUGCGACGGAGCAAGAGGAGGAGAGGAGCAUGAAAGGAGAACGGAGAAACGUGGAAGUGAUCGAAGUCGGAGACCUUACUCGGCAAACAGUCACCGACAUUUUGGUCCCGAGAGUCACGUCGAUCCCUGAAAUCCCCAGAGCGAUUUUCCUCGCCGUUGGUGGCAACUGCGCACUCGUUGAAAAAAUCACAAAGGGAUUGAUUAAAUUGAAUGGCGAGCUCUGGCUGGAGGAAAACAGAGCGCCUCCGGCAGAUCACGUGAAGCAGGUGCGAGAUCCGGACGAGGCCGAGCUCGCGAGAGACGCGUCUGAGGAGGAGGAACGAGACUGGAGAUGGUGUGAACGGCAGAAGGAGUUUUGCAGAAACAUCACGAAAGACCUUCUCGUCGAGGAUGUGCGGCUGUUUGAGUGGCGCAUGCAAAAGUUUCUUUCGCUGCCGCUCCUGACACAGCUGCGGGAGAAGCAGGGAAAUGAAAUUCACUUCCUCGUCACGGUUUUCGAGUCGCUGCGGUACUUUCUCUCGAAGCCUUUUCUGCUUGUUCGUGACCUGCAGCGUCUCGACAACGUCGUCAUUCUCGGCCUGCUGGAUGCAGGAUUGUUGACCGCGCGGUUUCAGCCGAGUCGCGUACAAGUCGCCAGCGAACUGUACAGACACCUGCUGUCAGACUACAUCAGCACCCGAUACGCCUUCCUUUCCGUUGACCAGAAAGCGAGCUACAACCUGAACUGGUUGAUGAAUGAGAAAUCCAUCAAAUACCACGUCGACCGUCUCUCCGAGUUUUAAUCAGCAAAUGGAAAAGCUACAACGUGUAAACUUGACUUGAACGUUUUAUUCUCUCUGUCGCAUGGAGGGUCAAAUCUAAACUUUACAAAGAUGCAGGGAGGUUCGUACUUCCUCAGCGGAGUCGGCCGGGGAUGUCUUGCUGGUCUGUUUCCUUUUCACAGGACUCCCCUCUCAGCGCUUCUGCAUCUCUCUGUUUCUCCUACUUUUUUUUCUCUACAGUGUGUCUGUGCAUGCGUCGAUCUCCCAGGAGAUUGAACCUGCGCCGUCGCGAGGUCCUGCCGCCUUUGCCGUUUCCACCGUCCUCUCUCGACUUGCUCCUCUGUUGCUGUUUCUGUCCGGCUGUCUCUUCGUCGACCUUUCCGGGUCGUCGGUCGUUUUUCCCGCGAACCGAAAGAAAAGGUCUCGUCUUGUUUCUCUUGCCGCAUCUUUUCGCUCAUCUUUGCUGUUUUUUUGCGUUUCCUCUACUUUCUUUAACACAAAACUAUUUCUCUGUCUCUGUACCCUCAACAGCGGCAAGGCUGUGUAGAGAGGACUCAUUCUGCGGCUUCUCCACUCUAAGCAAACGCGCGAACCUGCUGCUCGAAACAGCUGGAAGCGGAAGAAUUAAUAGUAUUAAUCUCGUGCGACCUUCGGGUUCGUCCACAUCGGC